AUGGCACAAGUGGUUACUGAAACCGUUUCUGGAAAAAUUCCUAGUACCACUCCUCCUGGCACACCCCCUGGUACCACUCCUAGUCCCAAACCUGGUACCACUAACGGAACCACUCUUUGUAGUGUGAGCGAUUAUACAAUUGUUACCGUUCCAUUGCAACAAUUAAAAAAUAAUUUCAGGGGAUUAAAUGUUACAGUUUCAGGAACUGUAUCUAUCAUCGAUGGAUGUACUUUUGAAGUUACCGGUUUUACUUACUCUUUCGCGGCUACCGGCACGUAUUGGUUUGGCAGUAAUUAUACGGAUCCCAAUGCGGAAGCAAUGUUAGUUAGUCCAACUCCAGUGGGUCAAUACCAAUCGGCACAAUCAAUAAAGUUUAAGUUGACACCAUCCAUAACAUUUAAUGAUUUUAACGUAUUGAACCUUUAUUCAAUUGAUGAGAAGGCCGUAUUCGGUCAGGCCGUAUUGAAACAAAGUCCACCUGAACCUGAAACUUUCAACGAACCUCCUAAAAGUCUGUCCAAUAAAUUAUCGUUCGAUCUUACUAAAAUUUUUGUUAGUUUCCUGCUUUCUUACAUUUGGAUAAUGUAA